AUGGAAUACCUAAGUUGAUCACAGGUUACAAAUUCACCUUGAAUUUUUUUAAGUUUUGUGGACAAAAAUUAUGGCGUUCACCAUGUUUUUCUUGGGCAAGAGGCAAAACCAGGAGCGCGGGAUGGAAAUGGAGAGGAGAGAGAUGACGGAUGAGGCGAGGCGAGGCGAAGCUUGCGAAAUCUGACACAUCUUCCAUUGAUGACGAUUCCGCCAUUGUCCCAUUUGCCAUAAACAAAUCCGCUAAAUCACUAUCAUCCUUCGCCACGUUCCAAUCCAGUUUGAGUCAAUAACAAAGCGCGAUGCAAAGGUUUCGAUUCUUACGAACUCCUCUGUUUCCUCUCAAUCCUCCCUUCUUCGUCUCCCAAACUUCUCAUCUUCUUCCGCUGAAACCCAUUUCCAAAAUUCCCACCAAGAGUAUGGCGUCCUCAUCAUCUUCUUCCUCUUCUUCUAACCUCUUGUUCCGUCAACUCUUCGAGAAGGAAUCCUCCACUUUCACCUACCUCCUCGCUGAUGUUUCCCAUCCGGACAAACCCGCGCUUUUGAUUGACCCGGUUGACAAGACUGUAGAUAGGGAUCUAAACCUUGUUCGAGAACUGGGGCUGAAGCUUGUUUAUGCUAUGAACACUCAUGUGCAUGCUGAUCAUGUCACUGGCACUGGACUUAUCAAGAGUAGAGUUCCAGGAGUGGAAUCUGUAAUCUCGAGGGCAAGUGGUUCAAAAGCUGAUGUGUUGAUUCAGCCUGGCGAUAGAAUUCCUUUUGGUGAUCUAUUCCUGGAGGUUCGUGCUACUCCUGGCCAUACGUCAGGAUGUGUCACCUAUGUAACAGGGGAGGAACCUGAUCAGCCUCAUCCUAGGAUGGCAUUCACUGGGGAUGCUCUGUUGAUACGUGGAUGUGGCAGGACAGAUUUUCAGGGUGGAAGUUCAAAGCAGCUCUAUGAAUCUGUACACUCGCAGAUCUUCACCCUGCCAAAGGACACAUUGAUCUAUCCUGCUCACGAUUACAAGGGAUUCAAUGUUAGUACUGUAGGCGAAGAGAUGGUACACAAUCCCCGGCUCACCAAGGAUCUGGAAGAAUUCAAGAAAAUAAUGGAAAAUUUGAACCUGGCGUAUCCAAAGAUGAUUGACAUUGCAGUUCCAGCAAAUUUGGUUUGUGGUUUGCAAGAUCCAGCUUCUUAACUCUGUCAACUCUACGAGUCAUUGUGUAUAAUUGGCCUUCAAAUUCAAAAUAUAUAAAAUAAAAAAAGAAGAAGAAGAAGAAGAAGAAGAAGAAAGAUCAAUCAAAAUCAAUAGGCCAAUGGUGUGAUCUCCACUAACAAAAAUAAAAAUACAUGUAGAAAUGACAUUAUCUGCUAGCCUUCUGCUAUGCCUGUCUUGUGGGUUACAAAAUGGUUUGCUUGAUGAGUUGUCUCUCUCUUUUCAUUUCACUGAAGUUUUUGUUUGCCACCACCCUCAAUAAGAAUGAUUUCUAGUUCAUUGAUAGAUCAAA